ACACGCACACACACACACACACACACACACACGUACUCACACGCGCAAUCACAAAGGAGUUGGCGAUACAUAUUAAAUGACAGCAACAUCAUAGGUUUGAUUGAGUCGGAAAUUACAGCACACCUAUGUCGGGAAAGACCAUAUCUUUAUGUUUCCUGUCGUUAUGGUUCCUGGUGGGGCUAGUACACUGUUGGCCCCACGUCAAAGCAAAGGUUCACCAUGGAAAAUACAAAGAGCAUACCAGUGAGGUUAAUGCACAUCACAGAAAAAUUCAUCCUAGCCAUAGGUGGAUGAAUCUGGAGACUGCUGAUUUCUUGCCAGAAAAAGGUCAAGAUGAAAACUGGAAAAAACAGGAUUCUCUAAGUGACAACUUUUAUAACUGGGAAGACAAUGGCAUUUGGGAAAGUCAGUCUGAUGUUUUGAGUAAAGGCAAGUUGAAAAAACUUCAUAACUUGCAUAAAUUUAAAACAACUGCCAAGUCUGGAACACAGCCUGAAAGUAGCACUACCACUGGAAUCAAGACAACAACGACUAGCUUCUCGGAACCAAGCAAGAAGGAUAAUUUCUUGAAAUAUGAAGAAUCUGAUAAUCUUAAACAAUCAACUGAUGGACACAAGAAACGUCUGUCGUACUCAGAGGAGGAGCCGAUGGGAAUUAACAACGGGUUCUUUGAAGACACCAUUGAAAAUACAGGUCAAAUCUUUGUCGGAGAUGUUAAAAAGACAACUGGAUCAGGUAAAAAAGUCGAAAUUGAAUACAAAACGAAAGUUACUGCAUCAGUUGAGCCUCAGCGUGCAGUGCCAAAGCCGGCCAACUUGGUUCACCCUGGGUUUACAACAAAAAAAGAUACCGUUACUAUCAAAACACUAAAAAAAUUGCCGAACACUAAGAGAGUAACUCCAGCGGUUCCAGCAGCACAGCUUGCGAAGAAACACCAUGCUCAAAAUUGUGAAGAUGAUUUGGACUGCCGCAGCGGACGUGUUUGCAAAAGUUCUACUUGUGUGUGUGCCGACGAAGAUUAUUGCUGGGGUCUCAGUAAACCAGUAUGUGGCUCAGAUGGUACCCUGUACCCAAGCCAUUGUGAAUUGCAUCGGGUCGCUUGCGUUAUCGAGAAGCAUAUCAAAGUUGAUCCAAAAGGAACUUGUCUUCAUGGCAUCCAGAGCAAGCCCUUGAAGUCAAAUUCAGAGAAGAAACCUGCCAAUGACCAAUCCAAAGACACAAUCCCGACUACAACUGGUCCAGCGAAGCAGCAGCAGCCAUCUGGUCAUUCCAGUCAUUCGGAGUCAAUGAAACACGAGGAUAUCAUCAUCAAAGCAUCGGACAAUGAACUGAAAUCAAACACUGAUCAUGAUGACCCUUGUAAUAAACUGGAAUAUCUUCGGUUUAAAGAAAAGUUACUCCAUUUCCACUGUGAACGAUUCCAAGAAUCAGACUGCAACCAGGAUACUAAAGAAUUUAAACAAUAUCUCGCCACUCUGAUGUUUAGUUACUAUGACGACAGCCUUGAUAACUUUUUACAAGAAUCUGAACUUUUGCACAUUGAAGAGAAGGAACAAUUUAAGAACCUCUCUGCCAAAUGUAGUCUCCUGAACAUGUUACCCUUUGAAGAUACCGACCAUGAUAAUAAGAUUUCCUUCAAAGAAUUCAUUUCAGCAUUUAAUGUCCCUGGCCUCCUGCUUGAUGAGAAACUUCGCAUAAUUCCAACACUAGCCACUGUCGAUAAUGGUCUAGAGAUUAAAUGCGGCAUUAAAGGCUCUUCAGAAAUAGUUUGGCGCCGAAAUAAUAUUGAUCUUCAUAAAAUCCACAAUCCAGAAAUCAUGGUUUUUGAUGAUGGCUCUUUGUACAUCAGUAGCAUUGGUAUCCACCAUAUUGGUAAUUAUUCUUGCCAUGACAAAGAGGACGCCAGCAUUAAGCAGACGCAUGUCCUCAAAGUACACAUGCCACCCAAAGUAAUGGUGUCUCCUUCAACCCAGCUACACAAAUCUCAUUCGGAUGUUGUACUCAAGUGCCAUGCUGAAGGUAUUCCUCGUCCAGAGUUGAGCUGGGAGAUUAAUGAAAUGCCGCUGCCAAACAACGCCAAACAUUACAUUAGACAACAUGAGAAUGGAACUUUGGUGAUUCACAAUGCCAACUACUUGACAGACACUGGAGCCUACAAAUGUACAGCUCAAAAUCAAGCUGGAAAAGCCCAAGGCGUGUCAACAGUUUUCAUUCAAAAUCCGAAUAGCUCUCAGUCCCUUGUAACAACAAGCAGUUACCAUCAGUCGUUCUUGGUAUUCCACGAAGAGGGCUACAUUGUCUACGAGCCAAAUGACUGUGUCAUCCGCAGAGAUGUUGGAAAGGAUUACGGCAAUUUCAAGUUUAUCCCUGAAAACCUUGAUGCUCCACCGUCCUUAUGCGAAGAAAACAAGCCGUGCAGCUGGGGCUCAGCUGUGAACAUCAAAAAUAAGUACAUCUACAUAAGCCAACCGAGACAAAGUAGAGUUGUGGUGGUUGAGAUUACUCAUAGAUGGAACCCUGUCCAGGUAAUUUACACUGACAAAGACCCUGUUUCAAUGUUUUACAUUGAAAGUUUGGAUCAAGUCUGGGUUCUGUGCUGGAAUAAUGAAGUUGAUACUGGUUCCAAGACAAUUGUUGUCAUCCGAGAAGCAUCACAGGACAAGCAGCAUCAUGCUGUUCAUACACAACCGAUUGGAAACAGAUUCGAUUUGGUAAAUAAAUUGUUCCUGCCACCCUCCAACACUUUGCACCCGACUUUCCUGUUUGGUUACGUGAUUCACAGCGGCCAGCGAGGCCUGUUCAAACUGGAUAUCGAAGAAAUGAAAUAUAUAAAGAAUAUUGAUCUCAACCAAUAUAACUGUGAACCAGAAAAUCUGGCUUUUAUUCCACUAGGUGGACAAAUUGUGAUUCAGUGCCAUUCCUCCAAAGACGGACACCAACCCCCACUUCAACUGAUACUUGAUUACAUUACUGACAAUGUUAUCGCCAAUACAUCUGUCUCAGGAAUACCAUAUGUCUCUCCAGACUCUCAGUAUUUGGUCAAUGUUAACAAAGACACUGGCCUUAUCACUGUUUCGAGAAUUUCAGAAGAAGGUGAAUUUGGUUACAGUUUCACUGUUUCUACUGGCAAUUCUAUCAACGAUAUUGCCUUCUUCCCUUCAUCUAGAAAUAAUGGUUAUGAUAUCUUUAUGACAUCGGGAAGCCUUAGUAAUAUUAUCUACGUAAAUCUUGACAGUGGUGCCAUGAAUAUUCUAGAAGGUAUUGGUCGUACCAAUGAAGAAAAAUCGUGGCCUUGGUUAGAAAAUAAGUGGUCAAUCAUCGGUGGCAAUGUCUUCAGUGAAUAUUUGCUGACCUCAAUGAAGUAUUCUGUCAUCAUCCUUAACGGCCACAUGAGACAAGUACAAUGUGAGUUCAGAGAUUUGAAAAAAAGUGAUGUGGCUAUAUUUGCUGAACCAUACGAAGGAUGAGUCGUCAUUAAUAUAUAAUAUUUAAAAAAAAUAUGAAAAAAAAAGAAAUAAAAGCUAAACACGAAAAAAAGAGAACAACAGUCAGAUCUCUAAAUUUAUUUAUCUAUAUGAUUAUUUUGUCACUUCUCUAUUCCAUUCCAUCUUAAUUCUCCUCUAACCCCAUUUCCAAAAUCCUACAUAACCCCUCCAUAAAAUUAUGUUCUGACUGUUAUUAUUAUUAUUAUUAUUAUUAUUAUUAUUAUUAUUAUUAUUAUUAUUAUUAUUAUUAUUAUUAUUUAUUCAUUCAUUUAAUUUUGUAUCACUCUUUUUGGAUGAUAUUCUACUAAAAGGCAAUUUUACUGCCACGAUCUAUGUUUCAAAUAUUUAAUUAUAUAUCUCAUAAAUUUUAUUUUCUUCUUCGUUUAUUCUUUUAAUUUUCCUCUUCGUUAUAUCUCAGCCUUCCCUUCUUAAUCAUCUCAUGUCUUAAUGUCUCAAGCUUGGAUAAAUGAAUCACUUUACAUUUUAAAAAAAUCGACAAAAAA